AUGGGCAAGGACGAGGGCGCCGACGAGUCGAACCUGUUCAACAUCAUGUUGGAGCAGGCGGACGACAUUGACUUUUCGGAUCCGUCCAAGCCGCGCGAUCAGCAAGUGGACCCGACGGAGCUCAAGGUUGCCGGGGUGGAAGUGUCGAAGCUGUUCUGCGUGGUGUACUGGGCGCUUCUGCACUCGGAGGACGAAGAGGGCAUCACGGCCGGACUGGACAUGAUGAACAUGCAGCAGGCCAAGAAGGCGGUCAACGGCACGUUCCAGUUCAACGUGCGACCCGCUCCAGAGUCGGGUGCGGGCAACGAGGUGAUCCAGUUCUACGUAGACAUGCGUCGCGAAGGCACCAUCAUCCGCGGCCCCGGUCCUGCCAAACCCAAACCGGACUGCAUCCUCACCAUCAACGACCGCGACAUGAUCCGCAUCGCCCUCGGCCAGAUGAGCCCGCAGGCGGCGUUCAUGAAGGGAAAAGUCAAGGUCAAGGGCAACAUCAUGCUCGGCCUCCGCAUGCAGACCGUGCUCAUGAACGAGGUCAAGAAAAUGUCGCGCGUCGCAAAGCUCUAG